GUGCGUCCGGGGCUGCAUGCCUUCGAUGCGUCUAAUCAACUAUAUUACGUUGUGCAGGGUGUAGAAAAUGCCUCAAAACGUCGAGAUGAGUGACGUUUUAUAAGCUUCCAAAAAUUCCACUGUGCCUGACGUUUUCCUUGAUUCUCCUUUGUUCCGCCCGUGAUUGUCCGGCCUCGUCACAAAGCCUGUGAUGGUCGCAUCUCCUCCGGCAGGCUCUCAAGCAGGCUUCCGUGAAGGUCUGUUGUAAUAGUGUCACUGGCUAUAAAUUUGGGAAGUGAGUGAGUGAGUUAGUGAGUGCAUGAGUGAAUGUGAAAAAAAAGAAGAGAAGUGGAAAAAAGAAAGAAAAGCUUAAACAGCCGUGAGUGAAGAAGAAAGUUUAGUGAGUGAGGAAGAAAGAAAAUAAGAGGAUAUUUACUUACGAUUCACCAUUAUAAAGAGAAGGAGAAGGAGAUUGUUGUAAAAGAAUGCCUCGUCAAAGAGUUAAUCCGGGACCCAUUGAUGAUUCUUUGUUGACUAUGCAAUCAAUUCAUGUCUCGGAGCACAUAUGGAAUGGUGAGCCAGAUAGAGUUCUUCGUAUUAGAAGAGCUACCAAAAGCAGCCAUCGAGAUGGGUCAAUUCCUGACGAAGUUAGACCGUAUCUUGCACAAGCAGGGAUGCUGGGAGUGGUUGAAUUGUCAUAUUUUCCUAUUGACCACCAGUUAAUUUCAGCAUUAGUUGAGCGGUGGAGACCGGAAACACACACUUUCCAUAUGACAUUUGGAGAAUGUACAAUUACAUUGGAAGAUGUUUCCGUUUUGCUUGGUCUAAAAGUAUAUGGAGACCCAAUUACUGGUUGUUCGACAUAUAGAUGGGUCACACUUGUUGAAGAUUUGUUUGGAAUUACACCACCACCAAAUGCAAUUAAAGGUGGAAGGCUAAAGAUGAGUUGGGUUGAUCAACAUUUUUUUGAUGUUUCCAUGCAUGUGCACAGUGUGCAACAAAUGGAACGAUAUGCCCGAGCUUAUAUCUUGCGAUUACUUGGGGGUAUGCUUUUAUCAGACAAGUCUUCAACUCUAGUGCCGAUGCGGUAUUUGGUCAUGUUGACAAAUUUAGACCAAUGUGGCCAACUUAGUUGGAGAUCAGCCUUACUUGCUCAUUUAUAUAGAGAACCGUGUGUUGCCACUAAUUAUGACAAUAAAGAAAUUAGUGGGGCAUGCGUUUUACUACAAUUGUGGGCAUGGUAUCGGAUGCCGUAUUUUGCACCCCUGACGGCACCACUAAAUAUUUUUGGCAUUCCUUUAGGUGCAAGGUGGAAUAGUGUGUUGCAAGUGACACAAAGAACUCUUGCUCAAAUUCGUGAUGCUUUAGAUAAAAUGAAGGAUAAUGAUUUUGUUUGGCAACCAUACCUUCAAUAUUUUCAUUCUCUACCACCAUAUUGUGUAGAAAACACAAAUAUUUGGAGGGCGGUAGUGCCAUUAAUAGACUUUCAUAUUAUUGAGUAUCACCAUGCUGAUCGUGUGAUGCGCCAAUUUGACAUGGUACAACACAUUCCUCGUCCUCCACGUCAACCUGAUAAUUUGCAUGAUCUAACUUUACGUGGCAAAGAUGAUAUUGAUUGGCGAGUUCAACACGCUGUCUUUAUUUACACGGAUUGUUUUCGUGUUACCUGUAAAAAUGCAACCUUGAUCAUUGUUAAUUCUACUACCAUUAUAAUAGAGUAAACAAAUGAAAGACAUCUUGAGAAUGAAAGUAGCUUUACGAUACACGAAAGCAAUAACAAAAGUAUUAAGAGAUGAGAUAGAGAUAUGAAGCAAUGCAAGCAAUGC